AUCAGUUUGUUCCUAAUUUCGUGCGUGACUUGUAAGAAAGAAACAAACUUGGAAACAUGUCUGUUUUGUGCCCCGAAAUACCCGCUCCAGGGUUUUCAUUCGAUAAUUGUAGGAGAAAUGUUAUGCUAGAAAACAAGGGACUAGUACUUCCUAAAGCUACAAAAACCGGUACAACUAUUGUAGGAAUAAUUUACAAGGAUGGCGUUAUUCUUGGCGCUGAUACAAGAGCCACUGAAGAUACCACCGUGGCUGAUAAAAAUUGUGAAAAGAUUCACUACAUCGCUCCUAAUAUGUAUUGUUGUGGAGCGGGUACAGCUGCUGAUACAGAAAUGACCACACAAAUGAUAUCCUCCCAACUUGAACUACACCGUCUAUAUACAGGAAGAGUUGUCAGAGUGGCCACUGCAAAUCAACUGCUAAAGCAGUAUCUGUUUCGUUAUCAAGGCUAUGUCGGGGCUGCUUUGGUUUUGGGUGGAGUUGAUACCACUGGUUCUCAUUUAUAUUGCAUUUUUCCUCAUGGUUCUUCUGAUCAGUUGCAUUAUACCACCAUGGGUUCAGGUUCACUGGCUGCUAUGGCUGUGUUUGAAUCUCGUUGGAAACCAGACAUGGAAGAAGCAGAAGGUGUGCAACUGGUCAGGGAUGCUAUAGCUGCUGGUAUUUUCAAUGAUCUGGGAUCAGGUUCGAACGUUGAUAUCUGCAUCAUCCGUAAGGGAGGCAAUGUUGAUUAUAAAAGAACGUACGAUGAAGCCAACAAAAAGGGUCAAAAGCAAAAUUCUUAUAAAUAUCAAAAAGGUACAACUGCGGUAUUGACUACGAAAGUUGUAGAUGUGGAAGAAGUAACAGUAAGAAGAAUCGAGACAGAAGAGAUGGAUACUGCUUAAAAUUAAUUUUUAAUUUGUAUUUUUUAAAGUAUUUCAAAUAAAAUUAAUUAAAGGGAAA